GCAGCACGUUCGCAAAACCACAGUUCCAAGGGAAAAAAGUAAAUGAGACUGGCCAGGAAAACGCAAAUGACGGCGCCAGAAUGUGAUAUUUUGACCAAUCAACAGGAUAUUCAACUUUCUGGAUUUAAAAUUUACAAGCUUUAAUAGGUACUUCGCCGGAGCAAUGUUAUUAUUGUUUUAAUUUUGCGUUUCAUUUGACGGGGAUAAUUUUGGAAAGUCGGGUUGGCUCUUCGUGCAUACAGCUUAUUCUAGCCGCAUCGAUCCCCAGAGCUCGGGGUAGCUCAGCACGGGAGUGGGGACGUCAGUAAACCAGGCAAGCUGAGGCAUCGGCCGACAGCCAUCCCAUCGCAAUGUUUUAUUCAGUCAGCUUCUUUCUUUUUAUUCAUUAUCACGGCACACUUGUGACCCCGAUGAUUUGAACAGUAGUUUGUAAGACUAGAUUAUGCAGUAAUAAGAUAUUGUGUUUUAUUUUCUCUGCCACACAGCUCAGUGUUGAUAAAAACGGAACGAUGCCGUAGUCGGUGGCGAAGAUGCCCCCAUCAUCGCCGUGAGCGGCGACCACCCCCAGAAACUCUCCUUGGCUUUUGUUUUUUAUCAUCGAGAUGGCUGUCAUUUUGCAUGAAAGCACUUUUAUAUGGACCAAGGAGUACAACUUCAGACCCGGAGUUACUCCAAAUAACACUGACAACAACAUGAACUAUUUAUUAAACAUUUGAAACAAGAGAAUUGGAAUCUUGCACAGAGAAAAUAUUCUGCUAGCCAGUGCAAAAUGGCUAGCAAAAGUGAGUGGAAGGAAAACCAGUUGAUGGUUGCCCUUCGGAUCCGGCCGUUGACUCCUAUGGAAGCUGAGAGAGGCUCCAAUCUUGUGGCUCACGCAGUGGAAGAUAGUAUUGUUAUCUUGAGAGAUCCGACAGAUGACCCAGAUGAUGUCCUCAGGGCCAAGAGAUCCAGAGAGAGGCACUAUGUCUUUGACAGGGCGUUUGAUGAAACUAGUACACAGGCAGAGGUCUAUGACGUAACAACCAAGGACCUCAUACAGCGUGUGACAGAGGGAUACAAUGCUACUGUCUUUGCUUAUGGAGCAACAGGUGCUGGUAAGACGUACACCAUGCUUGGUACGGACGAUGAGCCAGGUAUCAUGGCUAGAGCUCUCAAUCAUCUCUUCACUGAGAUGGAAUCUAAGAAAGAAGAGAAGGUCUUCUCUGUCACCAUGUCAUACCUGGAGAUCUACAAUGAGAUGAUCCGAGAUCUCCUGUACCCAUCGUCAGGUUUCUUAGAUUUAAGAGAGGAUGCAUCGGGUAAUGUUCAAGUAGCUGGUAUCCAACAGAUCUCAACCACUUCCACAACAGAGAUCAUGAACCUGCUGAUGCGAGGCAACAAGGAGCGUACCCAGGAGCCGACGGCAGCCAACAAGACCUCCUCCCGCUCCCAUGCCGUUCUCCAGGUGACGGUCAAGGAGCAGAGCAGGAUCCGUGGCACCGGCCAGCAGAUCAAGAUUGGAAAGCUCUUUAUGAUCGACCUGGCCGGGUCAGAGAGGGCCUCUCAGACCAAGAAUCGUGGCAAGCGGAUGAUAGAGGGCGCUCACAUCAACCGCUCGCUGCUGGCUCUGGGCAACUGCAUCAACGCCCUGUGUCUGGGGGGCAAGUACGUCAACUACCGCGACAGCAAACUGACCAGACUGCUCAAGGACUCGCUGGGUGGGAACUGCUACACUGUCAUGAUAGCCAACAUCAGCCCUGCGGACUACCUGUUUGAGGAGUCUAAGAACACACUGCUGUAUGCUGAUAGAGCCAAGAAAAUCAAACUAAAGGUCAAGCCAAACCAGAUGAAUGUGAACUACCACAUUGCCCAGUACACUAACAUCAUCACAGAGUUGAAGCAGGAGAUAGAGAGACUGAAAGGCAAGAUAGCUGACCGUCAGACAGAUGCUCUCAAAGCACAAACCUCUCAUUCUGGACCUGAGUUGUCGGCCACCCAGCAGAGCAGAGAGGAGAUGGAUCAUCUUAGACACCAGCUGAUCAGUAACUUUCAAACCCAGAUGGAUAUCAGACAGAAACUGAUGAAUGUUGAACAGGAUACAUGGGAGUUAUCACUAGAAGCUGAAAGAUACCAGGCCGUCUUAGCUGAUUUUGAACAGGAUAGAUUGAGGCAGCAUGCUCCCAGUAAGCUGAGAGGAGUGACCAGUAGUAUGGGAGUGGACAUGGAUAACAGGGACAAAGAACGUGCACUAGAGAAGGACCUAGAGACAGACAGUCUUGGUUCCUACUCCCCCGAGGCCGACCCCGAGGAGAUCAUGACGGCUAGAGAUAGUCUCACCACCGCUGUCUUAGCAAGGAAACAGAAGGAGUCAGAGAGAAAGAAGCUUGAGAAAUACCUGGAGAAUGUGCGCGUAGCUGCCAACAAGCUUGAAGAGGUACUUCCAAGGAAGAUAACUAGUGAGGAGCAGAGAGAGUUGCUUGAGAUGCUCUGCAAGGUUCAUGAGCUGGAGAUUGAGAAUACUGAGCUGAAAUCACGAGCUUUGAUGGACAGGCAUGUCUGUGAACAGAAAGAGAGUAUCAUUCUAAGAUAUGAGAAACACAAGCAGGUCUGUGAUCAGAUCAUCAGUGAACAACGCAGACUCAUUACAGAGCAUAGUCUUCCAGUACCCAUGGAGCUUGAGGAGCUGUAUGAUAAGUAUGCCAUGGGGGUCAAUGAGGACUUGUAUGAAGACAUGCGCGCACACUCAUCUAUGCAUCAGCAUCUUAACAUGGUUGCAAAAUCUUCAUCAACGUUCAACUUGAAGAAGAUGACGGCGAGACAGUUACAGGAAGAGAGGGAAGAAAGCAACUCACCCGAGAAGGAAUCGGUAGAGAUUAAACAAAGCAAGCAAGCUACCAAGAGACAGCAUGCUCAUUCUGAAAGUAAACCUGCUGCCUCUGGUCAACCUCGAGUGUUCCAGCCUAGCCCCAGGACCAGGCAGCUGAGAGAGAAUGGAGGUCUAGGACCAGCAGGGGGGUCCAUCCCUAGGGUGAUGGUAGAAUCCCCUUACACCCCUCCAAUCACCAAACAUGAGAGCCUGGUAGACCUCGGCCCCCACAGCACCAAGCACCCUACCAAACGUCCUUACACCCCUCCCAACGGCAUCAUGACACAUCCUGUCAAAUCCUUCAAAGAACUUAACCUCAGCGAGUCGGAAGCCGACAUUAAUCGUAAGGAGAUUGUGCACAGGACGAAGAAAAUCGCUGCCGUGGCCGCUCGCAAGCGCACAUCCCAGAAAGUGAACGACCGAUACUCCAGACCGGAGAAACUGAAUCUUCAUGAGAGAGGGUUCGCAUCGAUGCGAGCUCUGGAAGAAGUCGCAGAACCCAGAAUAACUCAGGAUAGCAGACUUGUAAAUAGCCGACUUUCCCAGAUCAGUAGGAUACACUAUACAAGUUCUCCGAUCGAAUCACAUGUGAGUGACUUUGAUGACACGUCAUCGGUGAGAUCCUAUGACACGAGGUUUCAAGAUAAUCACAAUACUCCCUUGAAGAACAAGCAACAGUCAAGAUUUGCAAGGAGUGUGGCAGAGAAAAGACAGAAGAGAGAAUCGCUUGACCAGUUAUCCCUGAUCCCUAAGCCUGCUGUCAGACGAGGUGGCGCUGUAGCUCAGGUAUCCCCCAGGAGGGGCAUUCAGCAGUCCACGCCUUUCAGCAUCAACGAGGGCAGCAAACCAAACAAGCGUUUUCAAGUCAACCAAGCUGGAGAGCAAGACAUUGGCACACUGAUGGUGAGGAACACCUCACCCCCUGCCACAGUACGACAGAUUGGUGCAGACAGGGGCAAAGGCCAAACUCUCGUCAAGAGAUACAAAGGAGCCCAACCAUCCGGUGUAAUAUCCAACCAUGACAUCUUCUCCGAACGGACCUCCCCCGUCCCUGCCACCAAACCCUCCAGGGGUCCCCCCGUCAAGCCUGUGGCCAUCCCCUCCCAGGUGCGCAGGGGAUCUCUCUCUGUGUCCGGGCUGGCUGUACCACGCAAGACCGUCUCCAUCGGUAGGAAGCUGUGAGGGAGGUCUGGAGGGAGAUGUCUUCAAAGGCUGAAACCCCUUAGCUGUAGUUUGAUAUGUAUUCAUGCCGCCAUCGUCACUGCCAAUGAUGAGACAUCAAGUUUCAUUUCAAGUUCAUUUUUAUUCAAAACCACACAAAACAUGAUAUAAUCUUUGACAUAAAAAAGAGACUGGUAAUAGUUCAUUAAUCAACAUUAAGUUGAUUACAUCAUAAAGUGAAUGGUUUUAGGACCCCUUUAGAGGCUGCCUACGAUAUACCCAACAGACAUUUUGAUUUGUUUCUACAUCUCCAUGACCCAUGCAAUGACAGGUUUAAUUUUUUUGAGAAAACAUUGCAAAUCGAAAAAGUUCAUUCCAAAAACCAUAUCAUUUGUUUCUAGACAACCCACGCAUCGACAGGAUAAUUUGGUUCAAGAAAGAAAUUAAAAAUACAAAUAGCGUGUUCUUGUAGUGCCAGUGGACCACAAAGAAUACUUCAUAAAAAGACCUUCAUGAUCUCUAUCACUGACAUAAUCAAUUUCAAUGGAAAAGGGCUGAAUUUGAUUUUAAAAUUUCAGAUCUAAAUCUGUACAUGUAUUUGUUGCAGUCAGAUUGAGCACAAAGUAUCUUUGACGAUUUUGCAGUAAACAAAUUUAAUGAUUGACCAUAAAUCAUCAUCAUGAAUCACAUUCAACACCCCUUAAAUGGAGUCAAUAUUGUACGAUUACCAACAUAUAUUAUUUCGAUGCGAUCACGGAAAUAAUACUACCUGUAUAUUUUCUACAAUGUAAAUUUGCCUUAUAUUCACAUCCAUCAUUAUGGAAAGAAUUAUUAAUUUGAUAAAGAAUGUAAAAUGUCAGUGUAGUAAAUUAUAGUACAAUGAUGUGAAUAAUGAUUUUGCCUUUGAGGCAUUAAAUUGAUAGUAUAGCAAUACAUUAAUGCUUCAAUUCAAUUCUUAUCGGAAAAUGCCAUUGAAUGUCAUUUAUUUAAACAUUUACCGGUAUUUUAUGAGUGGAGCAUUUAUUAAACUUGCUCUAAGAACAAAUAAUCGAUAUAUACAUGAGGUUGAUAAUUAUUUUAUCAUUGUUUUGAGGAUCACAUACAAUUUAGAUCAUCUUUCAAAAUUUUCCUAAUGAUCAGUAUUCGUAACUUAGCGAACGAGUCUUUCAAAAUUUCCGAGAAAUUCUUCUCAGUAUGCAGUAUGCAUUCUUGUCAGUGGCUUAGAACAAAUGUGCUUCUUGUUUUAUUUCUUUUGGAUCUAAUGAAGUAUCGUGAUGAAAUCAUGUGUAUAUAUUAAACUUUCAUGGUGAACACUCUGGAUGAUGAUACAAGUGGUAUGAAGUCCUGAGCUUGUGAAGACAACACGAGAAAUUCUAAUUAAGACAUUUUUUAGUUGCCACUUGCCAGUGAGAAAAGUUUAUUGGAAUGAAAUAGUUUAUAAAAAAUUAUAGAAUUUUAAAUGUUUGAAUAGAAUCUUCCUGUCUUGUCUUGCCUGUGUGUUUUUGUUGGUUGUCUUUAAAAAAAUAAAAAGACAAUGAAUACCACAAAUUGUAGGGAUAAUGAUUCAACAUGAUUCAGGCUAUUAUGCUCCAAGUGCUUUGAUCACUUUUAACUGGUAAAGCGCUUUUAUGAAAAACAGUUAUUAUAAUUAUUGUUUAAUAACCUUAACAGUUGUUGAAACACAAAAAUAGUGGGGGAAAAAACAAAUUCUGAAAAUAAAAUUGAUACAGAACAACAGCCGCUUGUGAACACACCUUUGUCAAACAAACAGGAAAGCAAAACUUUACAAAAAUAAUGUUGACAAAAUGAUGCUUUUCAUUGAACCUUGUUAAGUGGUUUGCAAUCAUCUGUCUAGAUUUGUCAACAAUUUUGUUAAUUUGCAUUUUGAAAUACAAGAGGUCUUGAGAUCAAGAUUUAUGAAAGAACUGUAAUUAUUGAUUUUUUCUAAAAAGAAAAAUAAUACUUCCAAAAAUGACUUUAUUUUGCUCUCAAAAGAUUUAAAAUCUUUGCCUGGCAAUAUUGCCAUCAUAUGCUACAGCAAAUGUCUCCAAUAUUUCUUCCAUUUUAAUUUUAAUUUGUUUCAUACACCAAGAGUUGUUAUGUGUUAGAAUUUUCUGUCUAUAAUUUUCAAAACAAUUGAAGAUUGUAUCUAUUGGAUCUCUCCGUUUGAGUAAGUUUAAAUCAUGCAACAGCAGUAAGGGGGAAAUAUGUGUAAACGGAAAAGAAUUAGUGUUAAUGUCUUUUUUUUAAUGUGUAGAAUUGAUGGUAUUUGUCAAUUUUUUGUAUCCAUUCACAUGUGUUCUUUUUGUUUCUUCCGUUUUCAUAUUUAAUGGUUAAAAGUAUCUUUUAAGUCUGUUCAUUCCAUUUUGCUUUGCAAAAGAACAAAGCGUAAUUCCAAUUCAUUCUGUAUACUGGUACUGAAAUCACAAGUCUGUAUCGUAUACUACCGCUUCAAAGAAA